CUAGCCGUUUGAGAAAACGAUGAUGAUGAUGAGCCUUUCUCUUCCCCCUGCCGCCAAACCCCCGCCACAUUCUCUUAAACCCUCAACGCGCCCGUGCCAAACACUCGCACCACCGUCCAUUAUUCGCCCCGUCAACUUCGAAACCCUCAGGGACCGCCUGAUCAAUCACCUCGAUGAGGGCCACCUCCACAAAGCCAUAUCCACCCUCGAUGUCAUGGCCAGGCAAAACACCCACCCAGACCUCAUCACCUACUCCCUGCUCCUCAAGGCCUGCAUCAGGUCGCGUGACUUUCAGCUCGGUAAAACCGUUCACACCAACUUGACUCAGUCUAAACUCGAGCUCGACUCGGUCCUUUUUAACUCACUCAUUAGUUUGUAUUCAAAAUCCGGCGAUUGGGCCAGAGCCCAUAAAAUAUUCCAAAGUAUGGAAGAUAAACGAGAUUUAGUUUCAUGGAGUGCAAUGAUUUCUUGUUUUGCUAAUAAUAAAAUGGAAUUUGAAGCAAUUUUGACAUUUCUCGAUAUGCUAGAAAAUGGAUUUUAUCCAAAUGAGUAUUGCUUUACAGCGGUUGUUCGGGCUUGUUCAAAAGCUGAGUUUUUCUCAAUGGGGGAGAUAAUUUUAGGGUUUUUAGUGAAAAGUGGGUAUCUUGAGUCUGAUACAAAUGUUGGGUGUGCCUUAAUUGACAUGUUUGUGAAGGGAAAUAGUGAUUUGGAGUCAGCUUUUAAGGUGUUCGAUAAAAUGCCUGAGAAAAAUGUGGUUGCUUGGACUUUGAUGAUAACUAGAUGUACACAAUUAGGCUACCCAAGGGAUGCUAUUGAUUUGUUCUUGGAUAUGGUUCUAGGUGGCUACGUGCCUGAUCGAUUUACACUAAGUGGUAUCAUUUCAGCUUGCACUGAAUUGGAAUCAGAAUCAUUGUCACUUGGCAAGCAAUUGCAUUCUUGGGUUAUUAGGUCAGGAUUCGCUUUGGAUGUUUGCGUUGGAUGUAGUUUAGUGGACAUGUAUGCUAAGUGCACAGUAGAUGGGUCUUUGGAUGAUUCUAGAAAGGUGUUUGGUAAAAUGGAAGAACAUAAUGUUAUGUCUUGGACUGCGAUUAUUACGGGGUAUGUGCAAUGUGGAGGUCGCGAUAAGGAAGCUCUUGAGCUUUUUUCCAAAAUGAUGGGAGGUCCUGUUCAGCCAAAUCAUUUCACAUUUUCUAGUGUUCUUAAGGCAUGUGGAAAUCUCUCUGAUUCAUGCACAGGUGAACAGUUUUAUGCCCAUGCAGUAAAACAUGGUUUUGCAUCAGAUGAUUGCGUGGGGAACUCUCUUAUAAGCAUGUAUGCUAGGUCUGGCAGGAUAGACAAUGCUCAGAAAGCUUUUGAAUCUCUAUUUGAGAAGAAUUUAGUUUCCUACAACACUAUUGUCGAUGCUUAUGCUAAGAACUUGGAUUCUGAAGGAGCUUUUGAACUUUUUCAUGAACUCACAGAUAGUGAAAUUGAGCUUAAUGCGUUCACAUUUGCUAGUCUAUUGAGUGGAGCUUCAAGUAUUGGUGCAAUUGGAAAGGGGGAGCAAAUCCAUGCUCGGGUGCUUAAAUCAGGGUAUCAGUCCAAUCAAUGCAUUUGUAAUGCAUUGAUAUCCAUGUAUGCUAGGUGUGGACACAUAGAAGCUGCUUUUCUAGUUUUUAACAAGAUGGGUGAUCGAAAUGUUAUAUCUUGGACAUCCAUGAUCACAGGUUUUGCAAAACAUGGAUUAGCUACGAGAGCUUUGGAAAUAUACCAUGAAAUGCUUGAGGCAGGGAUCAGGCCCAACGAGAUCACAUAUACUGCUGUUUUAUCAGCCUGUAGUCAUGCAGGUUUGAUUUCAGAGGGAUGGGAAAUUUUCAAUUCAAUGCCCAUAGAACACGGGCUUGCCCCAAGAAUGGAACACUAUGCAUGUAUGGUUGAUUUAUUGGGCCGAUCAGGAUCUCUUAGGGAAGCCAUUGAGUUCAUAAACACAAUGCCCUGCACACCAGAUGCCUUGGUCUGGCGUACGUUUCUUGGGGCUUGCCGAGUCCACCAUGACAAAGAGCUCGGGGAAUAUGCUGCAAAGAUGAUACUUCGGCAAGAUCCUCAUGAUGCUGCAGCGUAUAUCUUACUAUCAAAUUUGUAUGCCUCUGCAGGUCAAUGGGAAGAUGUGGCACAGAUUAGGAAGGAUAUGAAAGAAAGAAAUCUGAUCAAAGAAGCUGGUUGUAGUUGGAUAGAGGUGGACAAUAAGAUGCACAGGUUCCAUGUGGCUGAUACUUCACACCCACAAGUGAAGGAGAUUUAUGAGAAACUGGACGAAAUGGCUUUUAAAAUAAAGGGAUUAGGUUAUGUCCCUGAUACAGAUUUUGUACUUCAUGAACUUGAGGAGGAACAGAAGGAGCAAUAUGUUUUCCAACACAGCGAGAAAAUUGCGGUUGCAUUCGGACUUAUAAGCACAUCAAGAUCAAAACCAAUUCGAGUUUUUAAGAAUCUCCGUGUUUGUGGAGACUGUCAUACUGCAAUCAAGUACAUUUCCAAGGGCACAGGGAGAGAAAUAGUAUUGAGGGAUUCAAAUCGGUUUCAUCAUAUCAAGAAUGGAACCUGCUCUUGCAAUGAAUUUUGGUGACAGAACACAAUUUAAAUUGGUUUCAUCAUCUUAAGGGAUCUAGUUGACAACUGCAUUCUUGGUAAAAAGCGACUGAGAGCUCUCAAUAAGUUGUUUGGUCUCUGAUCUUUAAUUUGUCAGAUGCCACAACUUUCAUUGUCACGGUGUUGCAGAUUAUCAUUACUGUCAGAACAAAUUUGAUCCUUGUUUGGCAAGUUUAUCUGUAAUCUUCAUUCUUUUCCGCCAUUGAAGACGAGGCAUGUAUCUCUUGUUCUAAUAAUUGUUACCUGUAUAGUUCUUAUUCCCUUAUUUUUUUUAUACAAUUGUACAUAUCUGCUUACUUUAGAUCUAAAAUGCUUGCAAUUUAUGUAAUCUGUUUUCUUCUUGUUUUGAUAUGAAUAGAUGUUUAUAUAACAAUGAUGUGUCAUCGUUAGAUCCUCCCAUUAGAGCCCCUGAACAAUUUUGGCGGCUAAAUUGUUA